GUCGUCAAGUCGAUAAGCAAAUAAAGGUCAGCUAUGUUAUGAUUAUGGUGUUGACCAUUUUGGUAAAAAAUCAACAACAGGAUGACUUUUUAGUAAAAUACGACAUCAAAUGAUGUGAUAUCAACCAUGAGUGAUUCUGUUAUCACCGUGAACACUGUGCUAGACUGCAAACCAAUCCUCGUACCGUAUACACCGACAACAACAUGCGAAGACAUUUGCAUCUACCUUUGCAAACAACUUAACAUAGGGGCCAUAGCCCGCCACUUGUUUGCCAUUCGUAUCACCGGCAAGAAUGUCUUCCUUAUGCCGGCAGCCACAUUUGGGGACAAGCCUGCCGCUGUGGACUUCAGAAUGCGGCUCAAAGUGGCCAGCAUUGAUAGCCUCAAGAAAUUGGACAUGAACGCAUUUAACUACUACUUUCAUCAAGCUAGAGGAGAUGUCUUGAAUAACAGAGUACCUGAUAUCAUUUAUGAGAAGUACAAAAGAGAGUUGGUUGGCUUGGGUAUUACAGACAUGUACAGGGUCAUGCUGGAGAAAGAUAUAUCAAGAGAAAGUGUGGAAAAUGAUUAUAAAAAGUAUAUACCUAAAGAAGUACUGAAAAGACAUGCAUUUUUCAUUAAAAGACCUAUACACGAUACACUUGGCAAACUCCAGAAAUCUGUUCAUGAUGCAUUUUAUGUAAAGGAAGAGUACAUUAGGCAACUGGAGAUUAUUGCACCAGAGUACCUGUCUGAAGUAUACAAAGCUGUCAUGGAUGAUAAUGGUUCAAUAUCUAGUGUAUAUAUCAAAGUCUCACCCUAUCAUCCUACUGAGCCAGGGAUCAAAUACUGUUUAGAAUCCAAAAAAGAGCAGUGGGUGUUAAAAUGCACAAUAGAAGAGCUAGGUUUCAUUUCAAUAAGAAACGAUAGUACAACAGAAAUUAGUAGGAAGAAUGGUAUACCAUUCUACCUUAAAUUCAACUCAAUGGCAACUAUGUACUCAUUCAUAAGCCUUUUGGAUGGCUACUACAGACUGACUUGCAAGUGGAUAUUCAAUAUAUGUAGGGAGGUGUACACUCCUUCCUUGAAAAAGUUAUAUGCAAUGAAAUGUCAUGGGCCUGUUGGAGGUCAAUUUUCUUAUGCGAAGCUUGAAUCUAAAAGGAGCAACAAACCUGGAUGUUUCAUCAUAAGGGAAAGUGAAUCAAAAUACAAUCAUUAUUAUAUUGAUGUUUGUAUGAAGGAAGGUCUUAAACCUAAGACGUUCAAGCUAGAAAAAAUAACAGGUGAUGAGUUCAUUUUCAAUGAUGAUCUGACAAGAUACAAAAGUAUUCAGCAGCUAAUGGCUGCUUAUAGUGAUCCAAAUGGUGCAAUUUACCUACAGGAAUGCUUGCCUCCUUCAGAAUAUGAUGUAUCUCCAUUACUUCUAUGUAGGAGUGAAAAAGAACCUGGAGGAUUUGCUUCAGAUGUAUCCAUUCCAACUUCACCUCUGUGUAUAAGUUGUAAGGAUCUCCAAGUAUACAAACUUAACAAAAAAGAAGGUGUUAGAGGCCUGACUGUAGUUUUUAGAAGCAAAUGGAUCAUUACAAAAGGCAAGAAGAUAGACGUUGCCGUGAAAAUGUUGAAACAGGAAUGUUCUGAAAAAUACUUAAAGGAUUUCCUAUCAUUAGCUGGCCAAUGGGUCUUUCUGCAAUCCAGUUCGAUAGUUCGUCUUUAUGGUAUCGCUUUCACCAGUGGAAUCUCUCUAGUCUCAGAAUAUAUUACAUUAGGUCCCUUGGAUCAGUAUUUGAGGGAAAAGAAAGGCAUUGUGAAAACUGUUGAUCUCAUUGAAGCUGCAAGUAGCUUGGCGUCAGCUUUGUGGCACUUGACUGAAAACAAUAUUGUUCACGGUAGAAUAAGAUGCAGAAAGCUGCUGGUCAGCUUACAUGACGAAAACUCUUUUACGGUCAAAUUGGCCGACCCUGGUAUUCAUACCGAAUACGUGUCUUCCGAGGUCCACUGGAUACCAGUAGAAUGCUACUCAAAACUCGAUUAUGCAAAACAUUCUAUAGAAGCCGAUGUUUGGGCAUUCGGAACUACACUAUGGGAAAUAUUUAUGUAUGGAGAGGAAAUUAAACCUAGUGAUCAUGGUCAAGCAAUGCGAUUCUAUCUCAGUGGUAAACGGCUACCUCAGCCCUUAACCUGUUCCAAUGAAAUCUAUGCCUUGAUGAAAGAGUGUUGGGACAUUGAUCCUCAUAAGAGAAAAAAACCGCAGGCUAUUAUGCGAGAUGUCAGCCAGAUAUUAUAUCAAGUGUACAACUCUAGGAGAACACACUCUUAUCAUAAAGUCUUUAGCAGAACAGCAGUCACGGCUUCAUCAACUAGUAUUUCUUCAUAUAAUACAGAAACGACAACAGUACCAUGCACCGAGGAGUUCCCAUGCACUAGCGGCACCUCAAGCAGAGCACCGUCAGAAUGCUCGGUCAGCCUUUCUGGUGGUCAUUCUCAGAACUGGCUGCUGGGUUCUCAGGAACUUGCCGAUGUAGAAGACUCUGACAUAUGUGACAUGAGCAACAUCUUUCCAAAUCUAAACAUUUCCACAGCCACCACGUCUCUAGAUAGUCUUAAUUCGAUGCUGAGUAUAUUCGAACUGGAUGGUAACUGUAACGUGGUGCUGCAGGGCAGAAUUGGACAGGGUUUUUACGGCGAAGUUUAUAAAGGCACCUUAGAAUAUAUUGACGGAGAAGAUAAGGAACCUAGAAAGGUAGCAGUGAAAAAAUUAAAGACUACCGCAAAAUCGUCCUGUUUGCAAGAUUUUGAAAGAGAAAUCAACAUCAUGAAGGCACUGGAACAUCCCAAUAUAGUAUCAAUAUUAGGCGUCCUAAGAGAACCAGAAAUAUCCCUAGUCAUGGAAUUCGUACCUCAUGGAUCUCUUCAGAGCUAUCUCAAGAUAAACAAGGAAAGAUUAGAGGAACCUCAAUUACUGAAAUAUGCGUUAGAUAUUGCAGAGGGAAUGGAUUAUCUUGGUAAGAAAAGUAUAGUCCAUAGAGAUCUUGCAGCCAGAAAUAUCCUAGUUGUAGAUGAAAAUCAAGUGAAGAUAUCUGAUUUUGGUUUAGCACAAGUCAUGGGAACUAAUGACUACUAUAUUUUGAAGACACCUAAUAGAGAACUGCCAAUUAAAUGGUAUGCCCCAGAAAGUUUGAGAGACGGUAAAUUUUCUGUAAGGUCGGACGUAUGGUCCUAUGGUGUCACUUUAUGUGAGAUGUUCAAUUACGGAGAGGAACCAAAUCUGAUGAUUCCCGAAGAAGAAAUGGAAGCUCCCCAGCAGCAAAUUUUAUUACAAGCUCUUGAAAAGGGUGCACGGUUUCCCUGUCCUCCAAAAUGUUCGAACGCUAUAUAUGUGCGCAUUAUUCGCCCCUGCUGGCAAGCCGAAUCACAUCUGAGACCUCCAUUUUGUAAAUUGAUAGAAGAAGUAAAGGAUCUUUUAAAUAAUUAGAGAUACAGCAGAUUGCGCAUCAGAUACUGUUCCAUAAACCAAAACGACAAGUUAAAAAACGCCAAUAAUUUUCGUACACAUAAGUAUGAAUAUUAGGAUUCAAUUUCUGACAUUAAACCAGCUGAGCUGGGACUAAGUUUAAUCAUCGGUUAUCGUAUUCUACCUGAAAAUAGCCAACCAAAUGAUAUAUUUGCGCGUUCAAAACAUUAUCGUAGAUGAAAUGAAAUACCGUAGCCUCAUCUAUGGGAAUUUGUCACAUCUGUUUUUUUUUGUUUAUUAUAUAUACUUUGAAAAGGUUAGUGCCUCUGGUACUGUAGUCACAUAUGUAUAUGCCUAGGUUGACUAUUUUUAGGAAGGAUACGUUAAUCAGUGGUUUAAUGUAAAUGUUUCUCCAUCCGCAAAAUUGCUGCUCUCUUUACAAUAAUUGCUUUGUCUUGUGGAGAGCAGAAUAUUAUAUAGUGUUUCACCAAGGUAGUGAAACCACAUUUCCGCUAUUGACCCGUUGAUUCCUAAUUUCAUCUUAAAAGUUCGACAUGGUUGAUAUAUUUGCAGAGAUAUUUUAUGAAAAUGAAAACUAUUUGGAUUAAUUUGUGAUUACUUAUGAAAAAUUUCAUAAAGAUUGAUCGAAAAAUGGAUUAUUUCUGCGAGCCCAAUUUCCAAAAUAAUAUGGCGCUUGCAAACGGGCAAUAUUUUUAUAGCCCGGCUAUACUUUUUGACAUUUCGUAAAUAUUUUUAUGUGGUGCUGUCAGAUUGCCCAUGCUUCAUUACAAAACGUAAUAAAAAACUCGCAAAAUUGUUAUACUUGUAAAUACACUUAAACCAGUGAAUAGGUACUUUGUUAUUAUUAACAAGGUGUAAUUCAUUUAGAGGUAAUUUUGUCAAAAGAGAAAUGUACAAAAACAAACAACUGUAUCAGAUUAUCUUUAUGAUUGCAAGAAAUACGCAUUCUUGUCCUUUAGCGAAUUCCAGACUAAAUUGCUAUGUUGCUAAAAAUAUACCAAAUUGGGACCUCUGGAGUUCUGUAUACUAAUAAUAGGAUAAUAUUUAGAAUACUGAGCUUACUCCGUUAUACUACAUUCAUAUAUGAAACCAAUUUUACUACGAAUUUCAUAUAUUUUCGGCAACAAAUUAACUUAAUUUUCAAUCCUCUUGGUUGAUGCUCACCACCCGACUUUGAAGAUUUAUUUAAAAUGUCACCCAUUCUGGAAUUACAAGUUUCGAGUUGUAUUUGACGACCGUUAUCGCGCCAUGAUAAUGAUGACUUUUGUCCCUAGGGGGUCGAGAUUGUGGAACAAUCGCGGUAUUCGCUAUUUUCUUAGAAUAAAGAUAACCCGAUACAGCUGAUUGUUUUUAUUUUUGAUGCGUUGAAAAAAGUAGUUCUUAACGAAUCACCCAUUAUAAUCCAAUUAAGUUCAUCCAGAGGAAUAAACCAAAUUUUAAACGAAUAAUUGUUAAAGCGUAAAAAUUUGAGACUGAUUUUUCAAAAGGCUAUCAAGAUGAUUGUUUGAUUUUUUGUAUCCAGUCUUAAUAGCCUUUAUGUCAAGCUUUUUGGCUCUUGUUGUUUGCAGUUGUUCCAAAAGCUUUCUUAUGUGCUAUACAAACGUUUAGUCUCGAAUGAUGCAUUACAGGAGCUUGUAGUGUAAUUUUUCUGACCUGAAUUGGAGUUAGUUUUAGUCAAUAUUGCCUCAUAAUCACUGUUAUUGUCAUUGUUGCCAGAUAAUGGCUUAUCCAGUGUUUUUAUAUGUGUAGGUAUUCUUGCCCUUGAUAUAAACUACAAUUUUCUUGUCGCGUAUCAGUAUGUGAAAUAUUUCACAGAUUUACUUGCGAUUGUUCAUACUGUAUACAUUUGUUAUGAUUGUAGAUAUUUAAACUUGUUAGCAUUGUACGUCCACUGAAGUGUAUUAUAUACGAAUAUAAAAAUAUUUUUCGACACAUUUUGCUCAAUUUUAUUUAAGUUGUUGGUGCCAUAACGCAUCUAUUUCACUAUGAGCUUCAGUUCACCUAAGCACUGGUAGAAUGUAAGAUUUAUUGAAAAUGUAUCAACCAAUACGCGCAACAUAGUACAAAUGUAAAAACAUAACUUAUUUCUAAAUAUUUGAAGCUGAAAGGCAUAUUGCAAGUUUUUGAUUAUUGUGUCUGUAAGUCAACGAAAGAAUGAUUCCUAUUGUCAAUUCUAUGAUUUUGUCGAAGACAUAUACAGUUAUCCUUCAUUGGUUGAUACAAUUUAUAUAGAAGUGUAAUAUUAGGUAAGUGAAAAUAUUUUGGAAGAGUUCUUAUGUAUAUUUUGUGAUCUGUUAUCCAAAUGAUCUAC